AUGGAGGAUUCGUGGGAACUUGUCACGGUUCCGUCGGAAAUUCAGCGCUCAACUGUUGGCAAGCAAUCCCCUUCAGAUGGCUCUGAGACGUCACUUGAAAAGAACGAAGAAAAUAGCAAGUCUAAGGUAUGUGAAAAAACUCGAAAUGUGGGAAAGCAGUUUUAUGAGACCUCUAAUCUCUUUGAGAUUUCCAAAUGAACAGGCGAUGAGAUGGAUGAACUGAUUACUUUUUUAGACAAGUCGAUUAUUGUCAGCUAAACCAUGACUUGACUGCUUCGAUCGUGGACUUGUCAGCGAUAGUUAUUUAUUAAAUGAGUAAAUUAUUUAUGUCAUGUAUGAAAUGACUACAGUAUCUUGGUGGAAUUAAUACAUACGUGUUUCAUUUUCCACGGAUGACCUGUUUGUUUUGAACAGGAAAUUCAAGGUGGACAAUAUUCAAGGGCAUUGUUGACCAUUAUUUGUGGCUGAUGAUGUAGUUGAUUAACUCAAACAGCUAUAUGAUCCGAUCAAGAUCGUUGAUACAUGUAACUUGGUUUAGGUUCACUUUUUUCUGAAACCAUAGUAUUAGUAUAACUGUUGGGCAGCUACACAUAUUCAUGUCAUCUUCUUGUUUUAUGGUUACCAGAUACCUUGUGUCUUGCUCUGUGCAAGUGAUGCAACGUGUUGCAGUUAAACUGCAGAUACACACAUAAGCCCUAUAGAUCAACCACAUAAAAAUCCUAUUAAGUUAGCCUGUUUUUGCGGGUGACAAGAGGAGCCUGCAAUCCUAAUCUCCAGGUUGUUGUUACGCCUGUGUCGCAUGUAUGUAGCCAGCAUUCGUUUGGUCUUCCACUGAAAAUGUACGGAAUGCACUGAACGUACUUUUAUCACGCGCGUUUGGACCUUCUAUCACUUGUAAUCUGAUCACGCAUGUUUUGAUCAUCUGUCACGUGAAUAUUACGCAAAGCACAGUGCUAGAGCAAAAGUGUUUUGACCUUCGAUCGUUGUCCCUCGCACUCCUUAACCUUUGGUUAAUAGUAGUAUAAUUUGAUGUGGGGUUUAGGCACAGUUUCACCAGAACAUGCAUAUAUAUAUCACUUGCUUGUGAUGCACCCCUGAGGGUAUCCAGUAAUCUUAAAUCAAAAUUAGAACACUACCAGUGACAUGUAAUGUUUUUUCUAUUUUGAUUACAGAAAGUUUCCAGUGCAAGUCCAAAACUCUGUGGGUUUUUAAACAAACUUGGAGGUAAGAAAAAUUGGGUUCAAUAUUGUAUAUUUUUAGCUGUAACAGGUCCAUAGGGAGAGGGGUGCAACAGGUGUGCUCACAUGCCCCCCCCCCCCCCCCCCCCAUCCCUCCCAGAAGUCCCCUUUUGUUAUUCAAUGUUUUAACACAAAGUGAAUGGAUAAUAUUUCUCAAUUUUUAAUGUUACUGCACCUUGCCCCUACCCUUUAGCCUUCUGGUGACCAUUGGGGCGCCACAGACAUAUCCACCCCCUCCCUCCAUUUGUUUUUGAUUUUGAUUAUGAAUUAAAUUUGAAUUUUUGAAUAACAAAAAGUUUCAAGGGCAAUCCAAAAACUUUUUGGUUUUUAAAAAAAAUUUGGGGUAAAAAAAAAUGGGUUCAAUAUUGUUAUUUUUUAGCUUGAACAGGUCCCUAGGGAGGGGGGGGCAACAGGUGUGCUCCCAAGCCCCCCCCCCCCCCACCUCCCAUACAUCCCAGAAGUCCACUUUUGUUAAUCAAUGAUUUAACACAAAGUGAAUUGAUAAUAUUUCUCAAUUGUUAAAGUUACUGCACCUUGCACCUAUCCUGUAGUCAUCUGGUGACCAUUGGAGCGCCACAGACAUAUCAACCCUCUCCCUCCAUUUGAUUUUGAUUUUGAUUAUGAAAUAAAUUUGAAAAUACUCUUGAAGAGUUAACUAGCCCUGACUCACACUUUCCACAAAAAGGGGUUUUAGCUUUCACGCGUUAAAGUAUAAAAAAGAGAAUUUGGUAUGCCCUCAAGGCAUUUAGCCCCUCACUCCAAUACAUCUCUUGCUCCUACAAUUUGUCGUUAAGGAGUAAAGUCUGUUUUGGAGGUUUAUGUGGCCAACAAGUAGUAUUUGCGGCAUAAGAGAGGCUCUCUUCACUGGCUUUCAGUACACAUUCACUAUCUAACAUACAUUGACAUGAAAGAAGUCACUUGUCAACGGAUACCCUUUUUGACAGCUGACCAUUACAUGGAUGUCCACUAUCAAGUUAAACACAGAUUGUAUAUGCCUUGGACACCCAACUAGUAAUGCCCGGCCGUUACAAGAAAACAGCCAAUCAGAGUGCGCAUUUACCAUUGUAGCCAUGUAAUAAAACCUUUUAACCAACACUCUCUACCUAGCCCCAUCCCUUCUCUCUCCCUGACCAACUGACAAUUAGGAACUUAAGCAAUGAUGAUGGCAACAGCAAUGAGAACAGCAAAAAAGUAGUAGGUUUAGAUCGGCAAAACAGCAACUUUGCAUGUGCAUCACAUUUUUUCUCGAGGACAGGAACACAAGACAACAGCUACCUUUCUUAAUCAUUUCCUGAACUUCGAUACAGUCCUUUAGAAUUCAAGUCCAAACAAAUUUGCCAGCAUUUAAUGAAUUGAAUAAGAUGGAAUAAGUGCAAGAAAGUUUGAGGCAGCCUGAAUUCACUUUUUAAGUGACAUUUUCUUAGGCGUCGCCAUCGUUGAUGAUUAAGCUUGCUAUUAUCGUCUGAAGAGCAAACUAUCUCAGGGUCCAAAAAAAACCUACAUGUGUGAUUGUCUGGAUUUGUGGGGCCUACAUGUAGUGUAGAACAGGAACUAGCGAAAUUCCAACUGAAGGUGGUCUGGUACGAGCUAUGAAUUUCAGGUUUCCACCCGCACACACCUAAUCUAUAAUUCUUUUAUUCCCCCUUAGGUAUCAAAUGUACCUCACUAAUCUCUGACAGUAACUCAGUAUUAAGUAAAUUACUCAUGGCUACACAUUUAUUAUUAUAAUUAUUUUUGUUUUUACCAAGCCAAGGGAAUUAAGACUUGGAAAACAAGAUGGCAAGUAUAUCAUUAUUGGUGUAUUAAUAUAAUAUGUGAACUAUUAUGAUAUUAAUAUUCUAGUUGUCUGUCGAUAGAAUUUUGUUUUGAUUCUUCAAUACUACCAUUGCUGCCUAAGAACCAUGUUUGAUUUUAUAAUAUGUUUGUCGCUAUAUUAUUUUCCUGAAAUAAAGAACCCAUGCUGUACAUUGCAAAAGCACCCUCCCUUUAAGAAGAGUGCCAUGCAUCUGCUUGGCCACAAUUAACUGCUGAUCUUCUCCUCUCAUCAGCUUCUUGGAUUGGGCCUUGGGGCAAUGCAGUUGGUUCCUUUUUUUUAAAAAAAUGCCUUAUUGUGGACAACCAGUCAAAGUUUCAGUAUCAGUUUAUUUGUUAGCCAGAGAAAUAAAUUAUGCACAGUUAUUGCAUAAGGGGGAGAAUUGAUGAUAUUUUUCUGGCAAGGAAGUUUAACUGAAACCGUGGGGGCUUAUUACACGAGCUCCCUCCCUAGCCCAAGACUAUAAUAAAUGAGUGGUGAAAUAUAUUUAGGAUAAAAAGCAAGCACAUUGACAAAACACACUAAACAGAAAAAAGCAGCAAUAAACAAGCAUUAUUUACAAGUGGCGAAUCAGCUAAGGAGAAGUGUUUUCAAUCUGGAUUUAAAAAGAGAGAUUGUAGCGGCACUAUUUAUAUGGUGAUUUAGAGAAUCAGAAAAUUUCCAGGCAAGAAAAAAAAAAAAAUGUUUUACAAUUUUAUUAUUUGAUACAUGUAUGUACAGUCGACUCUCUCUUAAUGGACACCUCUAUAAGAUGGACACCUCUGUAAACUGGGCACCACAGUACUGUUGACUAAGACUUGACUAUAUUCUUUCUCGUAUCUUUCAGGUUUGUGUAUGAUGAGAGAAAGUGCAGACUGUAUUAUUACAGAACUCCUCAGGAUUUUACACCACUUGGGUGAGAUUUGGUGCACACGGCCAUUUUCUAAGAAAAUUGAAUAGCGCCUAUUUUUCUCUAAACUUGGUACUGAAAUCCAGAGUACCCAGCAUAUGUGUGAAAAAAUAACAUAUUCCAGUCACCCAGGAUGGUAAAAAGCCCUGCAAUAUUAAGGGCGCCACUGCAGAACAUGUGCUUGAUGGAGUAAAGCUGCUGGUCGCAUUGGCUCAAGUUGAAGCUUUCCUAAAAUAAAUUUAGCCUCAUUAAAAUAAUACGUGCUGUUUAUUUAUCUCCAGACUCAUUGAUUUGGCUAAAGCAUCAUUUUCGUUUGAAGUUGAAGAUGCCAGUAGGUUGACACAGUUCCAGAUUUGGUAUGUAGAUUUUCCAUGGUUUUGAUUAUUUAAAAUUACAUUCUUUAACUAAAAGUGGUAUCAGCAUCUGAUAGCCUGGGGCUAGUGAACUAUUGGGCUAGUGAAUUCUGUUCCUAAAUUGCCAGAUGAGCAACUGAAGUCUUUUAGGGGAAAUUCAAUUACAGAAGAACUGUAAUCAAUCCUGCUUGUAUUUUUUUGUUUGUUUUUUACGGGCUGGUCAAAAAGUCUUUCUAGCUAUAAGUAAAUGCUAGCUACAACUUGCCCGAAGGAAGAGCGGUUGUACAUGUAACAAUGACUUUUUUUGGAUCCUGGGAUGUUCAGAUUUGUGUACCAAUGCAUUUGUGUAUGAACCAACUCGUGAGUUUUUUAAAACUUGGUAAAAUUUGGUAAAGACAUUGAACAACAGUGACGAUAGCAUCCACAAAUUUUGAGUCAGCUGACUUGGAUGGCGGAAUGGCAAAUUGAGCACUAAAAAUCAGGUUCUAUCCUUUCCGGGGAUUGCCCGUUCAUGUUCUUAUUUGACAUUGCGAUGUCUUUGGUUAUCUUGCUACUAUACAAGUCAUAAUGUGUCCUUUUUCUGUGGAGGGCAAAUUGAUAACAUGGUUGUUCCUUCUACUCAGUGUAAAUUGUUUGUUUGUUUGUUUACCUUGUCAGUACGUCUGGAAGGACAUAUCAACUGCAAGCCAAAGAUAAACAAACAAUGAUGUUUUGGCUUCAGGAACUUCAGGUAAUGGUCUAAUACUUUUUUUUCUCUUCUUGGGCAUUAAGCAGCCUUCAUUUCCGUGUGAAAACUCUUGGGAAAGAUUUAGGAUCUUAAAAUUAGAUAAACGGAACGGUAGGUGGGUAGUAGAAUAAGAUUUUCGUGGGAAUUUUUGGUGCAAUAUUAGAUGGUUUCUUGUAUGAUUUGAAAGAUCUCUUCGCUCGGCACAAGUUAGCUGAUAAAGUUGUCCUUGAUCGUUAAAACUAAUGACGUUACAAGUGGUAGAAAGGACGUGGAUCCGCACGGGCGGAUACAGGCGAUUUAAGGGUGAAUGGGUUAAUAGUAAACAAUUUUUCGUCUGCUGAGCCACUUUGUUAUAUUACGAUUCAGUUAUCCACUGAAGGGGAGUUUAUCUAUUUUUUAUUUUAUCUGAUUUUCUUUUUCCUUAAUCUGUCGUGGGGACUACUACAUUCAAGUAGCUCCUAUAAGCUACGUGUAAACAGGCGCAACAACUCCCAACAUUCAGGGGCACCUAACGUCAAUUUUUGGAAAAUAUGUGUUCGGAAGACGAUUUGAGAUCUAGAAUUUUCGGAACAUUUAUUGCAAAAUGUCUUGCUUGCCUGCCUCUCCUAGGAUUUUCGAACAUCUAAAAAAAGGUAUAAUUGCCCAUUUUUAACGGAUUUUUAACCUAAAAACGUCAUCUAGAAUUUUCGGGAUCCUUUUUUCUGGUUGAAAUUUUCGAAAAGGUCAGUUUUGAUCCCUAUAAUUUUCGGAUCACUAGACUUUCAGCUAUAAAAUACGAACAGAUGAAAACUUUUAGGGGAUAAAAAUAUACCUAUGUCUACUGUUUAAAUACUAAUUUACGUUCAACAAUGCUAUGUUUAAGUGGUUUUGAACUAUAUUCUCGUUGGGUGCCCCUGAACAUUGUUCGCCCUAGAAUGUUGGGAGUUGUUGUGUCUGUGUUGGCAGUGGUGUGCAAACGGAUGCAAGUGCAUUAUGGGAAGGAUAAAACCCGUAAGACUCUCUAAACCAUGUAUAAUACGUGUGUAUGGCCCCAAAUUGGUCGUUUUACUGCAAACGACAAACUGCGGUUUGUGGUAAACGUUUUCACGUUACCCGUUUGCCCAUGUUUGGGACUUAAGAUUCGCGGAUGGCAGUUUGCGGCUGUCAUGUUUGUUUUUCUCCAUCUACUUACUUCUAUUUUAGCUGAGAAAUUGUCUUUAAUCACGUUUUUCUGAAAAAGAAUUCGAUGAUCAAUAAGCAAAACAGUUCUAAAAAGUCGUAUUUCUUCUCAGACGUGGGAUUGUGAUGUUUUAGGGUGCAAAAAACCUUGCGGUAAAUCACUUACUUCUGGAGCGUGGUCUAGCCGUACAAACGUGAACCUUAAACCGCGAACCUGACGGCAAGGCCCUGGUCACGUGACUUCUUGAUGUUCGCGGUUUGCGGGAAAUGCCGAAAAACCUCAAUCUGAAGCAACCUCGUUCCCAGGGUUCUGUCCUACUUGUGCAAACGAAUCCAACAUCGUUGAGCUAUGCUUCGGUGAUCAAGGAAAAAAAGAAAUGGAGGGAGUUGUUGGCUUAAAAGUUUGACCGGUUUCAAACUUAGUACAACAACUCGCAACAACAUGCAACAGGGUGUACAAACGGACGCAACAUGUAGCAUCCAACAAUGAUGGGAGUUGUUUGCCAACAAUGAUGUGUCAGUUCACUUUCAGAUAUUAUUUUUGUCAAUGUUUGUUUUUAGGCAAAACGAAGAGAAUUCAGCCGAAAGAGGGCAAACAAUGUUGUUCAAAAUAAAGGAGACAUAGCGGCUUUAGGGGUAAGUUCAUCAUUGUNCUUGACCAAUGGCAGAGCCGCAAAUUGGGCACCGGAAGUCGUGUUUAGUCCUUUCCGCGCGCUUUCCCGUCGUCAACUGACGUUCCCGUCCUGUUGCUAAAUCAGCCUAUUAUUUAUCGCCAGGGAUGGGUGGGGGGGGGGGGGGGGGGGGGUUUGGGGGGAAGGCCCCCCCCCCCCCCUCAGAGCUAUAAAUCCCCGACGCCCGCCUCCUCGGUACAUUUGAAAAUCAAGAUACCCGUGACAGUAAGACGCGGUAUAUCUAAACGAUCCCGCGAAAAAAUAGGGGACUGUAAACAGUCUAGGGAUUUGACGAUGAAAAUCUUUGUGGGCAUCAAAAUGCCAGCUGGAAUUAGUCAGCUUGCGAAUUCAGCCUUCUCUCCUUGCUCCUCAUGGCGUGAGACAUUUUACGGUAGCAAAACGUUCCUAGCAGGUAGAAGUGAGAAGAGAAGGCUGUAUUUGCAGGCAAGGAGUUAUUUUUUAGUGUGGUCAUUAUUUUUUGUCAACUCAUUGUCAUGUACAGGAGAACAGCUCAGAAUUGUAACCUUCAGGGCCGGGUUGUUCGAAGCUGGGUUAAGGUAACCAACUGUUAGUGCGAAAUUUGAACUCGGAUAUGAGAGCUUAAAAAACAAAUUCAGUUUAAUUCUCUUUGCCUACAAUUUGAUGCCUGGA